CAGAACACCGAUAUAGCUGACAACUCUUUUACAUGGAUGAUAUCCCCCCGGCGCCUUUGAUACCCGUCAUGGCGGGCGGUUCAGAAGGGGCGGCUGACCCCCAUCUUCUCCUUCAUCGUCAUUUCGCUUGUGUUGCCAAGCGCUCAGUAGAUUGUUGCAGUUAUUGUUCUUCCCAGUUUACGGUUUUACUGUUUUCGUGUCUAUUAGGGGGGUUAUCUACUCUCAGCAUCGUAAUGUUUUCGGUUGCAGGGUUCUUUUUCGUGUUUCCCUGGUCAUCUCUUGUCUCCCGCUUGGUCAAGUUGGAUACGAGUCUAUAUAUUUCCGUUUCAGAUUUGUACUUACGUGUUCAUGGUUCCCAUGACGUACCUGUAUUAUUGUGGUGGGCAUUCUUUUGAUUUCACAACAAAAUUUCACUCCUUCUGUAGUAAACACCUUCACUCGGAAUCGAGCAAAUGUUUGAGGAGGUGAUGCACAGGUUUCGCAAUUGAAUGCCAAAAAAUAGUGCAAACCUUCGAUGGCGUGUGGACCAGGAUUCUCUUGUGGAGUUGGUACAACCCUGAGGUCAUCACCGGCGGCAACUACCGUUAACCGAUAUCUUUGCACUGAUUCUCGUGUUCUCGAGAACGGUUCUAUUUGUAGUCGGUGCACGCCGCGU